AUGGAGGAGUUCGAAAAGCCCAAACCAAUCCCGGCAUAUUAUUGUUGUUAUCUCCUCCGUUCGACCGUUCGACACGCCUCACUGUACAUCGGCUCGACGCCAAACCCGAUCAGACGGCUCCCUCAACACAACGGUGUCGCCAAAGGUGGGGCCAAGCGAACCGCCAGAGAUAAAUUACGCCCCUGGGAAAUGACCCUUGUUGUAGAGGGUUUCACGAGCAGAGUCGGCGCGUUGCAAUUUGAAUGGGCAUGGCAACACCCGGAAAGAUCCCGGCACCUGGGUUCCGAAGAUGAUUUGGACCCCAAGCCUCGAGCUAAGGCUAAUACCAAUGCGAAGACGGGAAAGCCGAAACCGAAACCCAAGGCGCGGGCUAGGCGAUCCCUAGUAGCGCAUCUGGAGGAUUUGCUUUCUCUGCUUCGCUCAAGUCAUUUCUCAUCAUGGCCGUUACGAGUCCGUUUCUUUUGUGCCGAUGUCUAUCGUGCAUGGCGGGCGUGGAAUGAUCGUGUUGAUGGCCACUUACCGCCCAAUAUCAAGGUUGUUCUAGAUGGGGACAACCUAGCAACGGUACCUACUGCUAAGAAAGACGAUGAAAAUGCACCCGUCGGAAGCAUCAACAAUCUAUCAAUUGACUACACCAGAAUUGAAGAUUAUCUCGAAAAGUCAAUGUUCAUGCUGGAAGACCCGGAGGAUCUACAGUGCACGGUCUGUAAAACGUCGAUCUCUCCAGACCAAGAACAAAUUGUAGUGUGUCCACAUCCGAAUUGCCGCGGCACGAGUCAUUUAUUAUGUCUAUCUACAAAAUUCCUUGACGCAACCCACAAACCCGACCUCCUGAUGCCCACCCAGGGAAUCUGCCCGUCGUGUGGAAACACCGUGCAGUGGGUGACAAUGAUGCGUGAGCUUAAUCUCCGCAACAGAGGAGAAAAAGAAGCGCGCACAAUUCUAAAAAAGAAAGAGAAACGUGCUCGCAAAGAGUCUGCCGUCGUGGAGACAUUUUCAGGGCCUCGGUCAUCUACCAUCGAACCAAGGUCACUGUCAGAAGAACCGAGCCAAGACGACCUCGGGCCGAAUUGGUUCGAGGAAGUCGAUAUAGAUUCCGACUCUGAUUUCGAGGGCCGACAGAAGAACCGCUCGACUCGACCUCCAUCUAGGCUCGAAAUUGUCAUUGAAGACAGCGACUGGGACGACGCAGAACUCAUUGAAUGA